AUGGGAAUGUUUUCAAUACAAAAGUUAGAUAGUUGUGAAAUCGAUCAUAAGGGCAUCGAUGUUGCCAUAGGUGUUUUUAUUGCAUGUGGUCUGUUAGUUAGUUACUUACCACAGCAUUUUCGAAUUAUCCGAAUUAAAAGUAGCGAAGGAUUGAGUCCAUGGUUUUUGUUACUUGGAACAUUGUCGGGCACUUCAAGUUUAUAUAACAUGAUUAUUUUGCAAUAUCAAAUGAUCGAGUGUUGUGCGAUUGUUAGUGCUGGUCAAUGUUUUAAGAAUACACUUGGAGUAUUUCAGAUCGGAUUACAAUGGCUAAUGUUUACAAUAAUCUUCAUUCUCUUUCUUGCCUAUUUCCCGGAACAUCGUAAGCUUACACAGUACAUUCCACAUUUACAUUACGGAAAUCCACCAUCAACUCGAUCACUUGAAUGGCGAAUUUCUCUUGGCAUUGCCGUCACAGUAACCGCUCAUUUCUUGCUGGUUAGUGCUAUUUCGAUAUAUCUAUUGUCGUUCUACAAUGGAAGUUCGCAAGCGGAAUAUUGGGCCGAUUUCUUGGGUGUCGCGUCAAUGUUAUUGGCUUCCGUUCAAUAUUUGCCACAAAUUUGGCGAACUUGGCGAAGAAAGACCGUUGGAGCUCUUAGCAUUCCGAUGAUGCUUAUGCAAACACCGGGAUCUUUCUUAUUUGUUUAUUCAUUGGCUGUCAGGCCAGGAACAAAUUGGACUUCAUGGAUUGUAUUCUUAGUCACAGGCUGUCUUCAAGGCAUCUUGCUUGUUAUGUGCAUCGCUUGGCACUUUAGAGCCAAACGUCUCGGUCAUGGUCCAUUCUACGUUGGUGGUGACACAGAAUCGCUUCUUGGUCGUGAUGGACAACCAUUAUCCACGGAUUCACCUACUGAACGUACAGGAUUACUGAAUGCCGAUGGAAGACCUCCGACGGCUAGAACUCCUAGUUAUGUAAGGAAAGGCGAAGAUGAACAUUUGAUUACCUAA